CAAGAUGGAAGAACCCAGCAGCUGCGGGAGAACAAUGUUUUGGCUCUAGAUUCCGAAACGGACUGCUAAAGGGUGAACUACACGAGCCAAAACAGCAGGUCAUGGUCAUGCACUGGAUGACACUGAUUGGUGCCCCGUAGUUUUCCUGCCCACCACCUUUCACCAUGAGCCUCAUUCAAGACAAACUAGGGAAUGAAUUCCUGCGCCCCAACGGAGGCGUGGAUUCCAAUUUCGGCUCUGGCAUGAUUAUGUUCAGCCACCUACCGCCGGUGACCAGCUUCACCCGGCUGGCUGCCCAGUCGGUCAUGCAGGACCUCCCACCUCAAGAAAUGAUCCUGAAGAAGGAGCGCGACUCACCCGACUGCAGCAUGGGCAUCCAGGGUGGUGGCCUGGGGUGUGCAGCAGUGGGAGACUAUGUUCACUCCAUGGGUAUCAAGCAGGAAAAGAUGUCAGAGCAUGACUAUCGCCUGCCUCUUUAUCCCGGAGGCAUGAACAAGAGCACAGAGCUGCUAGAGGUGACAGUUAGUAACAACCAGAACCUGCUGGUACAUGACCUCAACAUGGGCAACCUGCCAAGUCAGUUAGGAAAGGAGCCCACUGGGAGAAAAGGUCGAAGGUCAAAUGGUGACGGACAGGAGGGUAAACCAAGAAAGAAACGAAGCGAGGCAAAGCAAUCAAUGAUGCUGGAUGCAGAUGGAGGCAGCCUGUCGCCAGGAAGCAAGCCUCACAUCUGUGAGCACUGCACCGCAUCCUUCAGAAGCUCAUAUCACCUACGCCGACAUGUGCUCAUUCACACAGGUGAAAGACCCUUCAGGUGCAGUCAGUGCAACAUGAGUUUCAUUCAGAAGUACCUCCUCCAGCGUCAUGAGAAAAUCCACAGUGGAGAGAAGCCAUUCAGCUGUGACCAGUGUAACAUGCGUUUUAUUCAGAAAUAUCACAUGGAGAGGCACAAGAGGACACACAGUGGAGAGAAGCCGUACAGAUGCGAGACCUGCCAACAGUAUUUUUCUAGGACUGACCGGCUGCUAAAGCACAAGCGAACCUGUGGUGAAGCCCUGAAGAAAGGGCUGGAUCCAGGGAUGAUGGACAUGGACUGUGUAGACAUGGGACAUGGCAGCUAUGGAAUCACUCAGGGAAAUGCUGGGAACACUGGGAGAAAGAGAGGAAGGUCCAAAAAUUUAGGAGAAGGAGGAGAAAGGAAAAAGAAGAAGGGGGACGGAGGGGUGAGGGUACCACACCUCCACGGGGCUGUAUCCGGAGGCUACAGCAUCCACGAAUACUCUGUGGGGAAUCAGACUGUGUCCUCCUCUACUGAGCCCGGAACCAGCAUGCAACAGGACCACCAGGGCCGAGCGCCGAAAAUGGCGUUCAAGAAGGCCAAUCGUAAGAGCCUCGACAAAGUGGGCGGGGGUAAAGGCGGUCCGAUGGAGCAUAACGCAGGGGGUAUGGAUGGCCUCGGGCUCAUGGGUAACGGGGCCAAAGUCGGGCCCACCAGCAGCAACUAUGAUGAUGCCAUGCAGUUUCUGAAGAAGAAACGCUACCUUCAUGCAGCAAACAAUGCAAACUCAUCAGGGCCUGUGGUGGCGGGAGGAGGCAGCGGCGAAUAUGAUGUGGGGGUCGGUCAUUUGUCUUCCCAGUCCGUCAUAUCCAGCGUGAUGGACAGCGACGCACCUCUGAGCCUCGACAAGUCAGGGAUCCCAGAUGAGGUCCUGCAGAGCCUCCUGGAUCACUACACCCAGAAACCAGAUGGCUCACACCACGAUGUCCACUUCGACAUCAGCGACCAGCAUGUUGAGCUGACCCCCGCCUCAGCUGACGGGCCUGGCAUCAACGCCGACACCGCCAGCCCAUCUGUAGACAAGACUGUCAUGAUGAAUGAAUACUCCCGCUUCCUGCUUCAGGCCUUGGAGCGCACCAGCCACAGUGCCAGCUUCCCCCUGGGCCCCGGGCCUCCCGCCUCAGGACCGUUCACCAGUUCCCACCCGGGCAACCCCCUUUACUCCGACAAGAACAUCUACACUACAUCCCCGCUGGAGUGUGGGUUCGGCCAGUCGGUGGCCUCGCCUUCGCUGCCCUCCUCUGUGCCAAAGUCUCACUUUGCAAUGCUGACGGGCUCCUCGCCGCAGCACAGCUUCCACCUGAGCAGCCUGGAGACCGCCACUCACCAGCAGCUCACCCCGUCUCAGGAGCUCACAGACCAGAUGGAGAAGCAGCACUCCUCCACCCCCCCUUCUACCUACCAGAUCAGCCCCUCCGACCUGAGCAGCCAGAAGGACCCGCCACCGGUCAAGAACGGCUCGGCGGUCUACCCUCUGGUCCCCUCGCAGGAUCUGGCCUCUCUGGACUCUUCCAAGCCUUCCUACCAGAUAGAAAACUUUGCUCAGGCCUUCGGCUCCCAGUUCAAGUCAGACGGCCACGGCUUGUCUUAUGGCACUGACUCCGGCGGGGAGGUGGAUCACAGGAUACGGACGCCUGUGUCUGAAUUCUCAGGGUAUAGUAGUUUGUUAUCUGAUGUCAAUGAGCCAGUAAGUACAGGUUCCAAAACUCCAACAAGCCAAAGCUACAGAUGAGAGCCUGAGAGGGAGAGAACACUCUGUUGUUAAAGAUGUUGUUCUUAUUUUAAUUUUUUAGUGCUUCUAUUUUAUUAUUAUUAUUGUUAUUAUUAUUUUUUUAAGUGACAUCUUUAUUUUAAUUAUACUGAUGCUCUGUUGUUGUGCCCACUCCUCUCCCCACAACAAGCCUACGAGGCUUUCUGCAAAUGCAAUUUUUAAAAUAUCUGUUACUUUUAAGUUAAUAAUGUAUUGACUGUUUAUUCUUGUCAUUUUACUGACUUUAGGUCUGGUCAUUAAUCAUGAACUGAAAGUUCUUUUUAGGGUAGGCGUAGAGUAGCACCGAACAUAUUUCUUCUUCCAAUGAGCUGAAGUGUUUGAGCAAUCAACUUUACAUUUGUAAAAUAAUAAUGGAAAUAAACCAUGAUGGCAGGGAAUAGCCCAGAAUUGAAAUAGCAAAAAAAGGUUUUGUCUGUUACAAGGUUUAAAGUAUUACUCAGGAAAAAGUGGAAAAGGAGAAGCCUACGAGGUGCAGUGAGCACUCUUUUCAGAAGUGUAAAUUUGCGACUUCAAAGAGGGUUUUUCUUAUGUUUUAUUACUUGUUGAAUGAGUGUGACAUAAACAGACUGCUGCCAGCUCACUUGAACACUGAAAACACUUUCUACUUGGCUAUAUAGAGAUUAUGGUACUUUCGUGUCAAUGUGAAACUCAUUUUUCUUCAAUAAGGGCCAUAUAUAUAUAUAUCUAUAUCUAUAUAUAUAUAUAUUUAUAAGAAUAUAUAUUAUGUAAAAUAACAGAUUUAAUCAUUCUGGGGAACUGCCAGUUGAAGUAGAGGAAGGACGAGGGCGGGCUCAGGGGGUAGAGGUUGUCCUUAUUAUAUUUUUGGAGAACAAAGAUGUUAGGGCUUUUCUUGGGCCAAUAGGGGUUGCUGUUGGACAGCGAUAGAAUGGCCUUCCCCUUUCCUGCACUCCUCUUCCUCAUCAGUUGUCUUAGUUCAUUGAAAGAAUCCAAUUAGCACUUUGAGCCGUUUUAUUACAGUGAGUAAAGAAAAGUACCCCGUCAGAUCAACGAAGCUCAAAUGUCAGGAACGAACUGGCUUUCUUAAAGACAUGAGUGGCUGUUUGGGCAUAUGCAGAUGGGAUGUGUGGGCUGGAAGUGGUCGGGGUAUUAUGGGAUACCCUCUGUGUGGGCAGCAUGGUUUCAGAGGGUCAGAGGGAGGGAGGGUUGACAUAUUAAAAGUGGGAUUUUUCAUUAAAAUUUUCUCUUUCUCCUUACAUUUAGGGAGGGUUUAGCUGUCGGGGAGGGCGGGAUCACUCAUUUAAUUGGGAUAUUGUAAAUGUAAUUCGAACCCCUAGUUUUAGUUUUACUUGUUACCCAACUUAGCUUUGCUUUCUUAUUGAAUUUGAUGACAAAUGUGUUAGUGAUCGAGUAUUUCUUCAGCUGUUACCGAGGCAGCCAUAACCAGUAUGAGCAAAAAAAAAAAAACAAAAAAGUGAUGGCUGACAAAAAUUGUAUGAAUAUAGACGUUUGAUCAGACCUUUUUCACGUAUGCUGGCUAUCGAGCAUAUUUGUCCCAUUAGAAAUUUGGGUGCCUAAUCCUGUGAAGUACAGGUGCAAGAUAUUGUCUGGUAAACUUUAGAUGUAAUUUCUUGCUGAUUUUUUCAAUGUAUUUAUGCUGUACGUUUUUUGUAAAGGCAACAAUAAUUGCGCUGUCUUCCAUAUUUACACCAAGCCGUUAGUGCUGGAAAUGAUAUCGUUCUGCUGAAUGAGUCUUUAAACCCCUUUAUACCCCAAUGACCUGUUGUUUCAAGCAAUCAUAAACAUGGCAGAAUGAAUGCAACGUUAUAUCACAUCGACACAGAUAAUAUGAUGCCAUAUUGAACGGUUUAGGGGUAAACAAGAAUUUGCCUCACAUAUACCUCAUAUCGCAUUAAACCAGGGACAACGGAGUGAAGGUUUGAUGUAUGUAGCAGAUAUGCUGUCGUAUUUUAAAAAAAAACAAACAAAAAAAGGUCAUGUUUCCGUGUGACUAUUUUUACACUUUUGUGUACGUGACAUUUCUGUGACCCGUUAAGACGCCGUUGCUUAAGGGUUUCUGUAAAUGUCUCAUGCCAGCCAGUGUUCAGUCUCUUCUGUCAUCCACAUUUUAUUUGAAACAUACAUAUUGUUUACAAAAAAUGUACACUACAUCUUGCUUUACUGAAUUUUGACCCCUGUAUAAAUUCAUUUUACUUUCUUUUCUUUCCCUUUUUUUUAUUUUUAAUCAUCGCCAAAUUUUGUAGCUGAUGAUAUCCGGCGUUUUUAUGUUCUUUAACCGUUCUUGUGUCCCAUUUCACAAGACUGUAUUUGUCCAAUGAAUUGAAAACUGAUUAGGGAGAAAACAAUAAAAUACUGUCAUUCAUUA